CCAAUAAAGAAAAGGAAAUGACCCCAAUUUUAAGAACAAUAGCUAAUUAUAAAAUUAGGUAUAUAAGUCAGUAAAACAGCUCAGGGCAUUUUCCUAACUGGAAUGAAAAAAAAAUAGUUUUGGAAAAUGUUAUCUUGCACAAGUUCGGGUUUGCUGUUUGUGCUGGUCAUCGUGUGGUCAUCACAUGAAGGAUGCAGCGGUCAGCAGAUUACACUGGACACCAGCACUGGCUUCAACUACUCCACCCCUAUCUACUGCUCGACGGCCGCGUCUGACUACAACAACUGUGUACCGUCUCUGUGUUACUGGUCGGUGUCGAGACCUUACUGCUGUAUGGCGCUGUUGCUGGUCAAUGGCGUGUCGAUUCGUCAAUGUAAAUGUAACAGCGCUGUUAACUGCCAGCCAGUUACACCAACCACCAUUACCACAACUACAACAACAACACCUACAACAACAACCACCACAACUACAACAACCACCACCACACCUACGCCAACAACCACCACGACCACACCACCAACAACACCAUCACCACCACCUACAACCACCGCCCCCUACCUGAGCGACGUGUCGGCCUACUGUUUGACCAGCACCCAGCUGAAAUGGACCCUAUGUUCUGGUGUGGCGCCUUGCUUUAACUCCACCACCAUGAAGUCUUGUUGCUUGAAAGUCACGCGAGAUCCUUCCAACGUGAUCAUAAACGACUGUCGGUGUGACACCAACAAGACCUGUAUCAAGUCCAACGCCCCCGCCCUGCCCCCUACACCAGCGCCGACGACCACCCCGCCACCGGUGAUCAGUGAUGUCCCACUCUACUGCACCAGCAGCAGCGCCACCACCCAGCCCAUCAUCUGCUCAGAGGUGGCUCCCUGCUUCAACACGACGACCAGGGUCAACUGUUGCAUGGAUGUCACGCGUGAAAAAUCUGUGGACCGCGAGACAGGUAAUGUCUUCUACAUGUUGAAAAACGUGUGUCGUUGUUCUCCCAAGUACAUGUGUAUCUAGUUGCAGAAGUGUAAUGAAAGCAAUAUUUUCAACAGCGAUGAUUUGGCCACGUUGGGUGUUGUUGGGAAGUCGACCAAAAGAAGGCAAUUUCUGAAAAUUGUUUACUAAUUAAUUAUAAACCAAACUUUUAUCUUAUUUUAAAAUAUUUCAAAUUAAAAAUAAACUCAAAUAUUGUACA